AUGAAAACUUCCCAUCGUAAGACUGUAGGUGAGAGAGAUGAUGACGAUGCACGAUCUGUUAAUUCUAAUUCCAGCGUUUUUGUGGGAAAGUGCCUUGUGAAAGGAAGCUUAUCUUCCAUUCUCCGGUCAAUCUUUGACAAGUACGGUGAUGUAGUAGCAAGCUAUCAAUUGGAAUCAAUUGUCAUUCGCUCUUAUUACCUCGAGUGUGUCUGUUAUGUGGUUCAAGAGUUGAAAUGCCCUUCGCUGAUGCAGCUGACAGAGUCAAAAGUCAAAGAAUUGUCGACUAUGCUCAAGGAUGUAGAAUCUUCAGGAAUGGAUGUUGGUUGGCGACGCCUCAUGCUCGAAUUUGCAGAAUUCAUUGAUCUCGUGAGUCAGCAUCGAGCAUUCAAACUAGAAAAGGCCAACUGUGAUCACGACAACGAAUCAUUAAGGAAAGAACUAGAAUCCCAAAUGGAGGCCUUGGCUCUAAAAGAAAAGGAGGUUGUUGAUGCCAAGAAGCAACUUUCUGAAACUAGAGCCUAUCUGAGAGAGCUUGAGCUCAAAUCAUCUAUUUUGAGUAAGACUGCUAGGCUUGUUAAUUUGUAG